AUGUUUAGUGGUAAACUAACACCUUUGACUUAUCUUUUUUCAAAUUAAAUUAGUUUUUUAACUAGAUUAAAAUUAGCUCUGUAAAAUAUUUAUUAUGAGCAAAAAUAAAGUUAUUUCUAGCCUCAAUAGAUACUUAAAUUAGAUCUUAGAGAAGCUAUUUUAAAAGAUACUUAAGUUUAAAAUAUCUAUAGAUCCCUAUCUUUAUAAUAAACGAAAGAAGAUUCAAAAAAUUUGCUUAAAACAAUAAUAAGGCAAUAGAGUUAAUUAUCUGAAAAAAGCUCAACUACUAUGAAAUAGUAAGAUUAAACUUUAAUUAGAAGAAUUAACUAAAAUUAAUAAAAUGAAACUUUAUAAUAAAUAAAUAUACCUUCUAAGCAAGUAGACAUUCUGCCUAAAUAAUAAUUUUAAAUUUCUUCAAAAUAGGAAGAAAUUUGCUCUGCUCUCUAUUAAAAUUAAUCAAUUCUAGCUCCAAUUAUAGACCAUUCUUAAUUAUUGGAAAAAAAUUACCUAUCUUACUCAAAAUUCAAUUCAUCUUUAAAUAUGCUGUAAAAUAGAAUAAUAAAAAGCUAGAUUUUUUAAGAAAACAAAUAUCCUUUAGAAGGAAAUUUAAUUCCACAUAAAAGUGAUAUUUUUACGCAAAAUACAACUUAUAUUGAAAAAAGCUUUAACUGA